AGUGGAUGCUCUAGUAUUAGUCCCCAAUGGGUAUAAAUAGACAUGUUGGAUUUGCUUAUGUUUCAUCCUUGUUUUGUGGUAGCUGUCUCCAGCUAGCAAUAUUGUUUGGUGUCUGUUUUUGUACUUCCCAUCCAAUAUGAAUUUUGUACCAAAAGCGACAGCUUUCUUCGUCUUGGCCCUUAUUGCUCUGCAGUUUGUGGAGCCUGUUUUGGGUUCUAGAAAGAAACGGUCUAAUAGUGAGAAAUUGAUCAACUUAUUGGGGACUCAGGACCUUGUGACCAACUUGCCUGGCCAACCUGCUGUAGACUUCAAGCACUAUGCUGGCUAUGUCACAGUGAACCAAACAAAUGGAAGGGCUCUCUUUUACUGGUUUUAUGAGGCUGCUACCAACCCAGAUGCAAAACCUCUGGUGUUGUGGCUUAAUGGAGGUCCUGGGUGCUCUUCUGUGGGAUAUGGAGCUACCCAAGAGAUUGGUCCAUUCAUAGUGGACACUGAUGGACAUGGAAUUAGAUUAAAUAACUACUCAUGGAAUAAAGAGGCCAACAUGUUAUUCUUGGAAUCUCCGGUUGGGGUUGGCUUCUCAUACUCCAAUACAACUUCUGAUUAUGAGAAUCUUGGAGAUGUCUUUACAGCGAAUGAUGCGUAUACUUUCCUGCACAAGUGGUUUCUCAAGUUCCCAUCGUACAGAACAAGGACCUUUUACAUUGCAGGGGAGAGCUAUGCAGGAAAAUAUGUUCCGGAGCUAGCCGAGUUCAUCUAUGACAAGAACAAAGAUCCUUCCCUCCAUAUUGAUCUCAAGGGUAUCCUGUUGGGUAAUCCUGAAACAUCUGAUGCUGAGGACUGGAGGGGUCUGGUGGAUUAUGCUUGGAGCCAUGCUGUGAUAUCAGAUGAAACUCACAAAAUAAUACGCGAAAGCUGUGAUUUCGACAGAAAUGAUACUUGGAGUAACAAAGAUUGUACUCUAGCUGUGGAUGAAGUGUUAAAACAGUAUAAGGAGAUAGAUAUCUACAGCCUGUACACCUCAGUCUGCAUUGGUGAUACAGCAAGCUCAGAUGAUGGUUCAAUGCAAGUCAUGAUGAAGCGCACAUCUACCAUGAUGCCAAGGAUUAUGGGUGGCUAUGACCCAUGUCUCGACGAAUAUACGAAAACAUUUUAUAACAGACCAGAAGUGCAAAAGGCCCUCCAUGUUAGUGAUGGUGUCCGGCUCAAGAACUGGAGCAUCUGCAAUAACAAAAUAUUUGACGAUUGGGCAUAUUCAAAGCCAUCUGUUCUUCCUAUAUACAAGAAACUCAUUGCAGCAGGACUUAGAAUAUGGGUGUACAGUGGAGACACAGAUGGAAGAGUUCCUGUGCUUUCCACCAGAUACAGCUUAAGUGCUCUGGGACUGCCUAUUAUUAAGGCAUGGAGUCCUUGGUACCACCAGAAGCAGGUCAGUGGUUGGUUUCAAGAAUAUGAAGGUCUUACAUUUGCCACAUUUAGAGGAGCUGGGCAUGCAGUUCCCUGCUUCAAACCAAGCAACUCACUGGCUUUAUUCACGUCUUUUCUUCUCGGGGAAUCUCUGCCUUCGGCUCGAAGAUGAUUAA